AUGUUAGGCAAUUAUUUCAGGCAAUUCAAAAUCACCGGCACCAUGCCGAAAAAUCGGAGGGAACGGGAAGCUGAUAAAAUUGAUCGGGUCCGGUAUGUUGUUGCCUGCAUUAUCCAAAGAAUUCCAAGAAAUAGCUGGGCAAUCCCUGAGUAUGACUGUAAUUGUCAACAUUUAGGUAUUACCGGUGGUAUAAAGAUGUUAAUCUGGAAGUUUACUUAUCUUCAACAUGGUCACAAAUAUUUGCAAUCAUUUCGAUUAUUUCGUGAGAUAAAAUUGUUCACCUGGAUGAAAACGACAUUAUCAUUGGAAUAG